CUUCAGCAAUGGCAGCAGUGUUGCGGGAGGGGGAGUGUAAAAAUGAGGAACUGCUUCUUCGAGAGUGGGAGAGGUACUCUAAAACCAGCUUUUUAACCGGGAGGGGGAAAGAGGAAACAAAAGAGCCCACGCAGCAGAUGGAGUUGAAAGAGCAAAUGAUUGACCACGACACUGAAGACUGGCAGAGUAAUGAAGUCUUUGAAGGUUUAGAACGCAUUGGUGGUGUGGAUUUAUCUUACAUCAAGGGAGAUGAAGUCAACGCGUGUGCCUCAUUAGUAGUUCUCAAUUAUCCAGAUCUUAAGGUUGUCUAUGAGGAAUGCCAGAUGGUUUGCCUAACUACUCCUUACAUCCCCGGCUUUCUGGCAUUUCGGGAGACACCUUUCCUCGAAGAAGCUUUGAAAAGACUACAACAGAAGGACCCCAGUCUUCUCCCUCAGGUUAUUUUUGCAGAUGGAAAUGGAAUUUUGCAUCACCGAGAAUUUGGUGUGGCCUGCCACUUAGGUGUCCUCACAGAUUUGCCCUGUGUUGGGGUUGCCAAGAACCUUUUGCAUGUGAAUGGUCUGGAAGAAAAAGAUUUGCUGAAGGAAAAGGCUAAAGACCUUCAGAAAGGAGGAAGUGCAUUUUCAUUAGUUGGAAGUUCCGGGAAAGUUUUAGGAAUGGCUCUUAAAAGCUGUGAGAAAAGCACUAAACCCAUUUAUGUAUCUGUGGGUCACAGGAUUAGUCUGGACACUGCCUUACGUCUGACUCAUUCCUGUUGCAAAUACAGGGUACCAGAACCAAUUAGGCAGGCUGACAUAAGGUCCAGAGAAUAUAUUCGGAAAAAUGUUAACUUAUCUUGACAUUUCGGGAAGCAGCGGUCAUAAGCUAAUAUUAAAAGCAUUAUCGGAGAACCUUCAUCAUACAUACUACAACAACGCAAGAAGGCUCACCACCAACGUUUCAAGGAUAAUCAGGGGCAGACAAUAAAUGCUGUUCUUGCACAUGACACCUACAUCCUGGGAAUAACAUAAAGGGUGAGGCAGUACCUGUGUAGAGAAUGGACAUUAUAUUUCAGAUAUGGAUCCCAUGUCAGAGCUGGAAGAUAUCACAGAUGAUCAAGAUUUAACAGGAAACAGAUUUAGGGGAAGGGAAAAUAAGUCGAAUGACUUUUGUUAUCAUCAUAGCUAAUAGUACUACUGAGUAAGUCAUGCCAGAAUGAAAACUUCCGUAGAUCAUAUGUUUAAUUGUUUUAUUAGUUAACUUACUGAUUGGUAGCUAAAAUAUAUUCGCAUGAGCCUGCAGAUGUUCUCUCACAACAGAACAUAACCUUAUUAUUUGAAAAGAAAGAAACCAGUAUCUGCACAUAAAAUUUAUAUAUUGUGUUCAAAUAAUCAUAACACAAAUAUUGACACAAAGUUUCAAUUUGAUCGUGACAUUAUCCAUUACAGAAAUUCAAAGCAGCAAAACUGCACUCCCAUAUCAGCUCUUUAGAUCGACCUCUUCCUUUUCUGUAGUCUUUGAAGACAAUUUGAUGAUUCCUCUCAGAAUCUGCUGUCUUGAAUUUUUCACAAAUUUGAGAGCUUCAACUUUCUCACUACUAAUAAUAGAAAUUUUCUAUCCAAACUCUCCUGACUGGAUACUUCACAAAACUUAAAAGACACUGAUCCUAUAUCCGCAACUUUCCCCCCACAGUGAUCGAGAACGCCCUUGACCGCGUCUCCCGCAUUUCCCGCAACACAUCCCUCACACCCCGCCCACGCCACAACCGCCCAAAGAGGAUCCCCCUCGUUCUCACACACCUCCCUACCAACCUCCGGAUACAACGCAUCAUCCUCCGACACUUCCGCCAUCUACAAUCCGACCCCACCGCCCAAGACAUUUUUCCAUCCCCACCCCUGUCUGCUUUCCGGAGAGACCACUCUCUCCGUGACUCCCUUGUUUUCUCCACACUGCCCUCCAACUCCACCACACCCAGCACCUUCCCCUGCAACCGCAGGAAAUGCUACAUUUGCCCCCACACCUCCUCCCUCACCCCUAUCCCAGGCCCCAAGAUGACAUUCCACAUUAAGAGGUUCACCUGCACAUCUGCCAAUGUGGUAUACUGCAUCCAUUGUACCCGGUGUGGCCUCCUCUGCAUUGGGGAAACCAAGCGGAGGCUUGGGAACCGCUUUGCAGAACACCUCCGCUUGGUUCGCAACAAACAACUGUACCUCCUAGUCGCAAACCAUUUCCACUCCCCCUCCCAUUCUUUAGAUGACCUGUCCAUCAUGGGCCUCCUGCAGUGCUACAAUGAUGCCACCCGAAGGUUGCAGGAACAGCAACUCAUAUUCCGCUUGGGAACCCUGCAGCCUAAUGGUAUCAAUGUGGACUUCUCAAGCUUCAAAAUCUCACGCUCCCCCACCGCAUCCCAAAACCAGCCCAGUUCGUCCCCUCCCCCCACUGCACCACAGAACCAGCCCAGCUCUUCCCCUCCACCCACUGCAUCCCAAAACCAGUCCAACCUGUCUCUGCCUCCCUAACCUGUUCUUCCUCCCACCCAUCCCUUCCUCCCACCCCAAGCCGCACCCCCAUCUCCUACCUACUAACCUCAUCCCACCUCCUUGACCUGUCCGUCUUCCCUGGACUGACCUAUUACCUCCCCACCUAUACUCUCUCCACCUAUCUUCUUUUCUCUCCAUCUUCGGUCCACCUCCCCCUCUCUCCCUAUUUAUUCCAGAACCCUCACCCCAUCCCCCUGCCUGAUGAAGGGUCUCGGCCUGACACGUCAGCUUUUGUGCUCCUGAGAUGCUGCUUGGCCUGUUGUGUUCAUCCAGCUUCACAUUUUAUUAUCUUGGAUUCUCCAGCAUCUGCAGUUCCCAUUAUCACUGAUCCUAUAGCACCUGGCUUCCUUUAAAUCAAACUGAUCUAUACUAAAACUUGCCGGGAGAGAAACUAAACACCUGCUUCUUAGUUCUUCUCAACUAAAAAUUUUCUGAACUGAACUAAAAAUAAAACUAAUGGCUUAGUAUGUUAAACCUGCUUGUCAUAAACUCGAAACUGUAGACACAUUAUCCGAUUAGUACUCUAACACCUCUCCCAAGGCCUUGAUGGAAGUCACAUGCCUCCUAGCUACUGGUACAUUUAUGUCACUGUUCCAAGAUGACUUUCUGACCUUUAUUUAAUUUGAACCUACACAAUACUGAGCUAAGUCUCUCUCUCUCUCUCUCUCUCUCUCUCUCGGACUUUUUUCAUAAACAAUCUAAAUUCCAAAAAUAAAAAUACAUUUUACACUCUUUUCAUCACAUUUUUAUUGGAAACAAAAAAAUGUAAUCAGCAAGAUUGGCAAGGCGAACAAGCACAAAAUUUCAUUUAGAGGACUUCCCUGAAGCAACUAGAAGAAGUUAAAACUAAGUAAAAAUAAUGUAGAAGUGCCAAUGUUGGGUUGGGGUUGACAAGAUCAGAAAUUGCACAACACCAAGCUACAGUCCAACAGGUUU